UUGACUCGGAACCAGUCAGCUCCGCUCUAGUCUACGCACCACCAUUUUUGUUUGCACGGAUGAUAACUAGUAAAGAAAAAGACAACAAAUCGGAUUAAACAACCGCCUCAAGAUGUUCAAUGGCAUGGUGAGAACCAUCCGCGACAGUGUCGUGGGCACCUACCCGUCCUGUCACGUGACCUCGCGGCUGGAAGAGCGCAGGGCCAAGCAGCGGGCGAUGCGCCAGGAGCGCAGGCGGAAACCGGACAAGCCGGACGACUUCGUCACCUACGAGGACUCGGGCAGCGACGAGGAGACGCCCCAGCAGCAGGAGGAGGUCCUGAACACGUCCUACAACCUAUGCGACUACCUCCGCAGCCGGGAGAGCGGCCUGCGAGAUCGGCGAAGCGUCAAUGUGGAGUACACCAGCCGCUAUGUACUCACCCACGACAUGCUGCGCGAAACUCAGAUCAGCCUGGGCUACAUCAACAAGGUCUUCUGCUCCAAGUGGCUGAGCAGCCGGCAAGUGGUAUUCGGAACCAAGUGCAAUAAGCUGCUCGUCUACGACGUAAACAUGAGGCGGGUGGACGCAAUCCCUACGCUUUCCAACAGCCGGGCGAACCACCCAGAGGUACAGGGUGGGCUACAUGCCAUCGAGCUGUCGCCCAGCCGUUCCUUCCUGGCCACCGGCGCGCGAAACUCCUCCGACAUCGCCGUGUACCGCCUGCCCACGCUGGACCCCGUAUGCGUGGGCGAGGGUGGGCACCGCGACCUUAUCAUGGGAAUGUGUUGGCUGGAUGACCAGUUUCUUGUGUCCGGGUCAAAAGACUCGCGUAUGGCUCUGUGGCGCAUCAACGAGGACCACAUGGAGUUCCCGGACGGCGGCGAGGAGGCCUGUCCCACCUUUGCCACAAUCCAUCCUCUUAGUGUUAAGGAAGUUCGCACUGCCCAGAGGAUCCGCUCUCUUUGCUUCAACAAGGAGUUUAAGGAGAUCGCCGCCCUCUCCCUAAACGGCUACAUUCACAUCUUCAACGCGGAGACUUUCAAGCAGACGCUCUCCCGCAAGCUGCCAAACUGCCAGGACAACGUAAGCAUCGCCUACCACAGCGAUGGCCUGUAUGCAGUGGGAUGUCGUUCGUACACCAUCCUGCUGGACGCUCGAACGUUGCAGACCAUCAAAAAGAUUACAUCCCGCUACAGUGGUUGCGGCAUCAGGGCCACCUCCUUUGAAGGCAACCUGCUGACAGUGGGCACUGGGCUGGGAAUGCUUCUGUUCUAUGACAUCCGCGCAGGAAAAUAUCUGGAGAGCAGUGUGAAUGCCUCGCGCACCGUUGCCCUCAAGUGCAGCAAGGGAAUUGUGUACCCAGAGGACGAGAUGGAUGGUUUCCAGCAGGUUAAGUAUGUGCCCGCAAUCUACACUCACUGCUACGAUAGCACUAGGAUGCGCCUUUUUGCAGCGGGUGGACCGUUGCCGGCCACCCUGGUUGGAAACUAUGCAGGAGUUUGGCAAUAGAUCAGCAUGGGAUGCGAUCCAGGUUCACAUUACUGAUUAGUCUUUAAGUAGUUAUUCGACUUGUGAUCUUCAAUUUUUUGUCGCAUGUAUUCAACCAAGUCCCAAAUUUUAAAUUUAAUUUGAUUUACUCAGUUUUGGUUUUAAUAUAUUGUAUGUUAGGUUUAUGUUAAUUAUAUUUUAUAUUGUGUGUGAACAAUAUACACCGUUCAUAAGUGUAAAUGUAUGCAUAAUUACCGAUCCUAUUUAUAUAUAGUACAUACAAUACAAGUAAUGGAAUACUAAUUUAUAGACAAUGCAUCUGAUUUAUA